GUACGAAUAAAUGAGAGGUCAGUUCCGUUUCGAGUGUCGGUGUUCCCAAGAGCAUUUAAGAAUUAGAGGGGUUAAGAUAUAGCCAUAAAGCCUUUACCAGCGUCUGAUCCUUGUGAGGGAAAGUUAUAAGAUUGGAAUUUCACAUUGCUGUUUUGCGAGGCGAGAGGACUUGUACCCGCGAAAGUGUUAAUACUGUGUGGGACUCAAUCUGUCAACAGCUGUACACUCAGUAUUCUCACCAUAUUGGUUUGCCGUGGGCUAAAAUGACAGUCUGAUAUUCGUCGAUGAAAACAUUUGUUAUUUGUGGCUGAAGGAUUAAGGAGAACCAAAGCGUUUCCGGUGCGUUUAAAGACUUCGCUGGAGAGGAAGCUGUGAAAUAUUCUUCUCUCCAACUGUGGUGAACGGAACUGAGGGAAAAACCACAGCAAGAAAACUCGCCUCACUUCACAUGACUUGCGUCGUUUAACGAGAACCUACACGAUGCCGCGACGAACGUAUUCCUUCUUAUUACUUUUAGCUCAGAUCGUCGCUCUUUUCGAUGUUUUGAAGGGUGCUGUUUAUCCAUCGAUUCACUGGUCUCCGCAAAAUCCUCUGUUUGGCAAUGGUGACAGCGUUCUCAAUGUCCUUCCGAUGUCCAAGCUUCACAUCGUUUGUCCAAAUCCGUCCACAAUCUUGAAAAUGGUUCGAGACAAUACGCCCAAAGACAAACUUUAUGAAAAUGUUUGGAUUGUGUCACGCGACAAUUAUGACAGCUGUAGUACAGACUCUUCUAAGGGGAGUAGGCUUCUUCAACGAUGUACCACCCCCCUGGCGCUGAAGUAUUACACUCUGGUGUUUCAGAGGUUCAGCGCUGUGUCAAGCCAGGUGUUCAAUCCAGGCCGAGAAUAUUAUCUUAUAGCGACUUCAGAUGGCACGCAAGGUUCAAUAGACAGUCGAUCAGGAGGAAACUGUAAACACAACAAAAUGAAACUACGGAUAUAUGUUUGUAAAAACACUAAAGAUCCCCGAUGCAACCGAAAACCUACAACCACUGCUACUAAAGCUCCAACGACUUCAACUACAACUUUAAAAUCUACCAUUCCAUCUACGACUACAAGCUCCACAACCACUUUUCAAACUACUAAUUCAACCACUACGAAUGCACCCACUGAGAAGGUCACGUUGUCAACAAGAACAACAAGCACCAGCGAAUCGUCCACAAGAACAAAAGCUGCUGAAGAACUGGCCACGACUACAGACGCAGAUGUAGUUGGUCGCCCAGUGAAUGCUGAAUUGAGCAGUCCUAUAAAACCAGUUUCAGAACUUAAUUGGACGAUCAUGAUUCCUUUAAUGGCCUGCCUUCUGCUGUCGAUCAUGGUGAACAUUAUUUUGUUUUGCCGUCUGAAAAAACGAAAACAGGGAUAUGAUUUAGAAGAGAGGAAACCUAAAAUGAUUGAAACAACUUCAGUAAAACACCAGGAGAAGGACAGAAUAGAACCACGAGUGGAAAGAACUUGGCUACUAUGCAGACGAUCGGCAGACGUCACAGACGUGUGAGAUAUUUAAGUUGUUGAAGAAAAGGUGCAGAAAAUGGAGCGAAAAUGCCUCGAUGUAGGCGAUUCAGCCGUAACUGGUGAUGAUAUGAUCAGAUGUUGUCCAGUUCAAAGAUGACAACUAAGACGGGAGGAGUUUCCACCAAUCACUGCUUGGCAGCUGGUAGGCAGUAGAAAACGCCAAAAUAGAAUCAGCUGUUGUGUUCAUCUGUCCAGAUUAGUUAUUGGGUUCUUUGGUAUUUCACAUCUACGUUAUAUUCUUGUCUGACUGUUCAUCGUGAACUGACCAUGGUCGAAACCAUGAAAAUUGUGAGGUAGUUUUCUUUUCAUCUCAGUAGGUGUUUUUUAUUUGUUUUAACAUUGCUUUCGAAGCCACCCUUCGUUAGCUCUCUUGUGAACUCUUGAUUAUUAUAUUCUGUGAUAGCUUUAUUGCCAAUCAUUAGAGUUAUCUGUAAGGCUUGAGUAACAGCUUCUGACACAAAGACUCCUAGGAGCACUUCGGGAACCAUCAACCUCUACCAUUAAAUUUUGGCCCGAAAUGAUGGUGUCUAGCCCCUGAACGAUAUUUAGGAUUCAGUAGAGCGCUUCAGUAGCUUUCAGAAUUGGUUUUAUUUGAAGGAGAAGUUGUUUUACAGUGAUAAAAGAUAAAAACGCAUCUUUUUUUUGGCCACUAAAGAGAAAAGUUGAUGGUCACAGUUUCACUAAAUUCAACUUCUGUCAGUCAUGGCGUAUUUGAUCGCACUACAACAAAAAAUCAACAAAAAAUUAAAAAAAAAAUUAAGAAGCCACAAAACAGCAAUAGAACUAAUAUACAAAAUUUGUUUUUGAAAAAAAGAAAGAAAACACCACCAGCUCUAAACAUCCAUCGUUUACUUUGUUUGUCGCAAUAUUAGCCCGCCCUCCUGUAGUGAUUGAUGAUUGUCGAGAUGCAGCCAUUGUUGCGUCGUAGUGAGGCUGAGUAAGCCUUCCCAGAAGAUAUGUCACUGCUUUGACCGAUAAGCCUCCGCGUUGGUCCUCAUUAUAAGCACUUCGGUGCGAGUGUUUCCGCCGAAAGUACGCUAGGAACGCGAGCCGACGAAGGGUUUGCCGUGGUCUUGCACUGAUAAUUAGUGCUAAUUAAAAGUAAUUUCUCCCCAACUUGUCUUGAAUCUUCCCGCGGGCGGAGAAACGCGCUUCCUGCAGCGCUUAUAAUAAGGGGUUGAUCGCAAGCUAUUGAACAAUGAAAUGUCCCAACUGUAGCGUUGGUUAUCGCGUUUAUCUCCUCUUUUGUGGUUUUUGUUUUGUGGCUCGUUUUAUUAUUUUUAUACACAUGAUAUAUAUAUAUAUAUAUAUAUAUGUAUAUAUAUAUAACAGAUAUUUGCCAAUUAUGAUGGUGUAAAUAGUUUGUAUUUAAUGAAGAAUAUUUUGAAGAAAGACAUUUGAAUGACAUGUAAAAAGACUUAAGCACAUGCCAACCGGAAAUAAAGUCGAGUUAAAAUUUUAUUCUGGCUGUAA